UUCGGGCAGGGAGAAAAGCAAAACAAUCGUUUCAGCGUUGUUUUCGACUGGUAGUGCAAUUUAGUAUCUCCGUCGAAAUAACUAGGCUUUGCAAUCAGGACAGUCAUUUUAAAUGCAUCUUUCCUUGCUAGGUUGUAAAAUCUGUCGAUAUAUUAUCUUUCUUUAGAUGCACUUGGCCUGCUUGAAAAUGACUUCGAAGCGCCUCCUCGAUAAGAACCCCGGCGGUGUGAGAGCGACCGGUACCGGUAACAUCGUGUAUGGGGGAAACUACUGCACGAAACACAACGAGCAUUUUUCACCGAAGACGAGCGGAGUCAUAACGAGAAAGAAAUCACCCGUAACGGUAAACGGCUCCGACACCCAAGGAGUGGAUCCGGGCUCUCUGCAAGAGCCGAGCAAAGAAAACUGUCCCAAUGGGAACCAGUUGGCUUCAGGUCGAGAGAAGCACCCGACCAAAAAAAAGACCAUCUAUGCAAGUGAGGAGGAUGAGAGGGAGGUCGGUCCAGGGGAGGUCCUGAAGUUCAGCGGUUUUACUCGUCGCUUGAUCCUAAACGGACAGAGGCAAGAGGACCACAUGAAAGUGGAGUCCUUAAUUUCAUUAAGGAGCAUAUUGCCACUGUGUGUUUCAGAUGUUUCAGCAGAGGAGAUCUAUGCAUCCUCUCAUAUCCCCGUCCCUCGCAACAGGAAACCCUCAGGCCAUGCUGAUAAGGAGGUGAUGGCAGCUACAGUCUUGACCACUCUGUCCACAAGCUCUCUUGUGCUCAACCCUUCUUCUGGUGCCUCAGGUGGCGUAUCGGAGACGUCGUGCAGGGGAUGGAAGGAGAGUCUGUCAGCCAGCUACAGCAGCUCCACAAGUGGCAACUGGAGCUGGGACGCCAGCGACCAGUCAGUGCCCUCGACACCAUCCCCACCUCUCUCUAAUGAUGUCAACAAGAGCUUCCUGACUUACUCACAGGGGGAGGACAACAUUGAGGAGGCAGAGAGCACCCACUUCCUGUUCGAGGACCCUAUUCCCAGGAAACGGAAGAACUCCAUGAAGGUGAUGUUCAAAUGUUUGUGGAAGAACUGUGAAAAGGUCCUUAGUACUUCCUCAGGGAUCCAGCGGCACAUCCGCACCAUACAUCUGGGGCGGAAUGGAGAUUCUGACUACAGUGAUGGUGAGGAGGACUUCUACUACUCAGAGAUAGAGGUGAACAUGGAUACUCUGUCUGAAGGGCUGUCGAACCUCACGCCGACCUCACCCACCACCAGUGGCCCGCCCCCCGUCUUUCCGCUUACCAAUGACAUGGUGCUGUCCAAGUCUGCCACUGUGAUCCACAGUCCACUCAGUCAGUCAGCUCCUUCCACACUGUGCCAUAUCCGCACUGACCAUGCCUACCAGGGUGCAGUAACUCAUGUUGGCAUUUUGAGCACUGGGGAGAAAAGGCAGCCUGCCACACAUGCCGUCAGCAAGACACACACCACCACCAUAACUACACCCAAACCCAGCGCUGGAACCAGAAAACCCCGGGGUGAAGCGAAGAAGUGUCGCAAAGUGUAUGGAAUGGAGAAGAAAGAUCUAUGGUGCACGGCAUGCCGCUGGAAGAAAGCCUGCCAGCGCUUCACUGACUGAUUUUUACCCUUUCUCUUACAAACAUAACAGGCUCUUCUAGCAUCAGUGUCUGAAUCACAGACUCAUUGUUGACCCCCUCUUGUGCACCAUCAAGGACUUCAUUCCUUGAGGACUCUCACAAUUGGGUAAGGGGUUUUUUGUUUUUGUUUUGUUUUUUUAAAUAUAAAGCAGGUGAGCUGUUUUGUGUCCUCCCCAUCACCGCAAACAGUGGAACACGUUUCACACUUGUGAAACAUUGUGGAAGGGGGAGAGAAGUUGAUAGAAUAUGCAUUAGCUUGUGCAGCACUAUUCUGAAGCAAGAUAUAUAUUUUUUUGUUCUUUUUCAGUCAAGAAAAAAUUUCUGAAAAAUACUAAGCUAAUGCAGCUAUAUAUAAAAUAUUUCUUUGAAGGUUUUUUUAAAAAAAAAAAAAUUUCUGUUCACUAUUGAAUGAUGGACUUUAUACAGUCCAUUUUGUAUUGAGCUGUUUAAGCAGGGAUAACAUUCAUGCCUUUUUGUUUAACCUCUGAACGAGCUUUGAAUCUAUCCGUUUAAUUUCUUUAACCAAAGGUGAUGAGUCUCAAUCAGAAUCUGUCCAGAAUUUUGCGCUCACUGGAGUUUAGGCUUAAUUUAAACUUUUUCAUUUUGUAUUUUUGCCUUACCCAAACAGAUCAAACCAUCUUCCUGAACUUUAUUGAGAUCAUGGCCAUCAUGAUGAGGGAGCAAAUAAUCCUCAUAUGUUUCAUGUAGCUUCAACCAUGAAAAGAAAGUUUAUUUUAGGAUUUGACUCUUGCUUUUGUCAAAUCAGUACAACUUGUUAGUGUUUACUACGUCUCCUGACACCUCUAAAUUGAUUUGAUGAACCUUAUCAGAAUUCUCUCAAGUUUGUUGAUGGUGAGAAAGUGACCGUUAGCUUUCAUAAAAAUCCAGUUUGUUUUCUGAUCAAUUCUGCACCAGCUAUUUUAUCCUCGUCAUACAAAGUGAAAACAGAUCUCUCGGUUAUUUUUGAUAAACUGGUAUUUUUGUAGUGAACGACAGUGUUAAUUUUAAGGGGAGCAUGUUGACAGGUACAGCUCACUGUAGAAUGUGACUUGUAGAUAAUGUGCACGUAAGUAGAGCUGUACACCACUGUGAUCUUAUAAAUUGGUUAUGAGCACGCUUGUUCGUUCUACUUCCUGACCAAACAAGAUUUCAGUAGUGAGUGGCUCCUGUUUAGUCCAAAACUAAACAUGAAACCAGAAUCUCAGCCUAAAAGUGCAUUUCUCUAGAUUUUGCUUGUAAAAAUGGCCACAGGUUUAAAAGGUGAUGGAGUUUUCCUGGCAAAUACUGUUUGAUACCUCUUUGAAUGUAGACAUUGCCAUAUAUUCCACUGUACUAGCUCUUCUCUCUCUCUCUCUCUCUCUCUCUCUCUCUGUCUCACUCACACACACACACACUUUUUCUCUCUCUUCUGCUGCCAUUCAGACCAGCACAGGGACAAAUGAUGUGCAUGCACACACAAAAAUCUAUCUCUAUGAUUUCACUUAUCAGAAGAGAAACCUUUAUUUGUUACUUAAACCUUAAAGCACAAUGAAAUUCUUUUUAUUUAUUAUUUUUUUCCCCCCUGCAUAUCCCAGUUUGUUAGGAAGCUGGGGUCAGAGUGCAGAGUUAGUCAUGGUAACGUACCCCUGGAGCAGAUAGGGUCAAACAGUGGUGGCUUGGCAGCACUGGGACUUGAACCCCCAGCCUUCUCAUCAGUAAGCCAGAGCCUUAACCAUUGAGCCACUACUGCCCCUAAAGCAAUCGAAUUGAUAUCCUAAUUUUUUUUUGUCAACUCUGUUAAUGAUAUUAAAUAUUAAUAUUGCAAUUGUUUGCCUCUUUGCCUGUCAGACAUCCUGCCCAAUCUAAGCACACAGCAGGCUUGUCGUCGUUUGUGGUGAAAGAGUGGUUCCCUCUGGUGGUUGUAACUUUCACUAAGUGCCAAUGAGAAGAACAGAGAGAGGUUUUUUACUAAAAGAAAAGAAUUGCACUAACUUGUACUGCACACAAAUAUUUUUUAUGUGGCAUUUUUAUAUGGAUAAAUUGAAGUUUAAAUUUUUUUUUUUUUUUGGUUAUACAGUAAACUGGUCUUACUUUUGAACUCUAGGUUCAGGGAUGGGGCUCCACACCGGCUCCACAACAAUAAGCUUAACAAUAAACUUUCUUGUUGUUAUCUUCAAAAUCAUGCUAUUAUUUUUCUUGGAUUGGCAUGCAUUUCCUGUUGUCCAGAGUAUUUAUAUGUGGAGUGUCACUGCUUUUAUUUUUUCUUUUCUGUUUAUCAGACCACUUUGUCAGUUUGUGUCAAAAUAUCUCUGCAUGAGAAUCUCUCAUUCUUCAGUUUUGACCUCCUUACCCACUGAUCAGGAGCUAAACUUGAUGUGCAUUGACUGCUGCUGACUAAUGAAUCACAGCACCACAUCAAUAUCUCAUAUAUAAGUAAUGUCACAUGAGAGGGAGUGCUGUUAUACUUUAAUAUCAGCUGUGAUAUUAAAGUAUAACAGCACUCCCUCUUGUGUGAUAGAACUGUUGUACAAAAGCAAUAUAUCAAUAAGAAUUUAAUGAGUAAGUGACGUUUUGGACAUAUCAACUGUUCCAUUUAAUUUUUCUCCACAAGCGAACAUGGAUCACAAAGAAGCCACACUCACUUUAUAGCAUGUCCGUGAGCUGGCUAGCUAGCUCACGUUGAUUUGUACAUUCCCGUUAAAGGUGUUGCCGGUAAAAUUGUCAUCCCUUCUUCCUUUUCGUCUUCAUCUGACGAGCUUUCAUCUUUCACAAAAGUCAUAUUCCUGAAAACUAUCGUUUGCCAUGUCAGCUGACGAUGCUGCAAACACUACCAUAGGAACUGUGAUUAGAACUAGGAAGUGUAGUUUACAUGACAAGCAGUUUGAUGCACAGUGAAAUGUCCGUGAUAUCAUCACGAAGUAUCAGCAUUCUUGGAACCAAACAAAUUAUCAGAAGUAUUGGAACUCAUUUGGAAUCUUAUAUUUUACACUGAGGACAUUUGGGUUUGAGAUCAAAAGAUGAAUACGCGAUAACUGAUCAGAAUUUCAGCUUUCGUUUUACAUCUAGAUGUGUUAAACAACUUAGCGCCUUUUUUGUUUGUACCCAACCAUUAUUCAAAUGAUCAAAAAAUAGGUGACUGAUGUGCUUCUUAUUACCCUGGGGUGCCCUGUUUGAUUUGAUUGUUUGAUUUGAUUGUUAAACAAUUAAUAGCUCUGAAUGUACUGCUUUUUUUGGUAAAGUAGCUUCAUUUCACGCUGCCUUUCAUUGAAAUAAAUUUGUUCCGAGAAAAACAAAUCCCUCAUCAAGAAAUAAUUAUUUUCAACAAAAGCAUAUUUGCCACUAUUAUUAGCAGCCCUGGAAAUUGUGAGCACAAUGUAACUGAAGUAUGUUUCCCAUUUAAAUUGUACAUUUUUAGUUAAUUGGAGUGUGUAGGAACUUUCAAGCUGGAAUCCAUGACUUCCUGAUUAACUGAGGAACAAAUAUGAGGUGACGCAGAGGCCAAAUUCCCUUAGUCAUCCAUCAACAUGGGAAAGAUAAGAGAACCCAAACCAAAUGAGGGACAAAUGUGUUGACCUUCAGAAGUCAGGAAAUGGUUAUAAGAAGGAAAAAAAAAAUAUAUAUAUAUAUAUAUAUAUAUAUAUAUAUAUAUAUAUAUAUAUAUAUAUAUAUAUACACACACACACACACACGCCUGAAAAUACCCAUUUCUACGAUUAGGGCAAUAAUAAAAAAAAGUGGACACCAACUGCAAGUGUUACAGACUUGCCUGGAAGAAGACCUGAGUUUAUUUUUCCCCCAUGCAGAUGCGCAGCUUGUGAACGGGCAAGGCAGGCAACUGCUUGGGGCCCCCUGGCCCAGGGGCCCCCUGAGAGUAUUUAUUCAUUACAAAUAAAUACAGAGAUGAGCCACAAAUGUUUUGGAGCCAAGAUUAACCUCAGCCAAGGUUAUGGAAAGGCCAAAAUGUGGAGAAAGAAAGGAUCUGCUCAUGAUCCAAAACAUACAAGCUUGGGCUUGCAUGGCUGCUUCUGGAACAGGCUUGCUAAUCUUUACUGAUGAUGUAACUCAGGAUGGCAGCAGCAGAAUGAAUUCAGAGGUCUACAGAAACAUUGUAUCUGCCAGUUUACAGGGAAAUUCAUACAAUUUAUUUGGGAAGAACUUUAACAUGCAGCAAGACAACGAGCCAGAACACGCUGCCAACAAAACAAAGGACUUCAGUGGGGGGUGGGGAAUGAAAGGUUUUAGACUGGCCAAGUCAAUCACCAGAACCCAACUGACCAUGCAUUUCACCUCCUGAAGGAAGAAACCACCCCCACCCCAAAAAAAAAACCCUGAAAGAAGCUAUGAUACAAGCCUGGAAAAUCAUCACAAAAGAAGAAUGCAACAGGUCAGUGGUUCAUCAGCUUGAUGCAUUUUUUGUAAGCAAGAGAUAUUUAAACAAAUAUUAAGUGUUAUUUACUUCAAGACUAUCCAUUCCGAUAUGUUUGCUCACCUAAAAAAUGGAUGGUCCAUCAUGAAAAGUGCCAUGUUCUAAGUUAUGUAACACAUCUAGAUGUAAAUAUCAGGAAAUGAAAGAUUGAAAUCUGAUUUUUUUUUUCCUUCAGCUCAUAUUCAUCUUUUGAUCUAAAAAAAAAACCUAAUUGUGUGUGUGUGUGUGUGUGUGUGUGUGUGUCUGUAAAGUCUUCUUGAGCACGUCCCAAAGACAUUCAAUGGGGUUAAGGUCAGGACUCUGUGGUGGCCAAUUCAUGUAUGAAAAUGAUUCCUCAUGCUUCCUGAGGGGUGGUGUAGUGGUUAGCGCUGUCGCCUCACAGCAAGAAGGUUCUGGGUUCGAGCCCCGUGGCCGGCGAGGGCCUUUCUGUGCGGAGUUUGCAUGUUCUCCCCGUGUCCGCGUGGGUUUCCUCCGGGUGCUCCGGUUUCCCCCACAGUCCAAAGACAUGCAGGUUAGGUUAACUGGUGACUCUAAAUUGACCGUAGGUGUGAAUGUGAGUGUGAAUGGCUGUCUGUGUCUAUGUGUCAGCCCUGUGAUGACCUGGCGACUUGUCCAGGGUGUACCCCGCCUUUUGCCUGUAGUCAGCUGGGAUAGGCUCCAGCUUGCCUGCGGCCCUGUAGAACAGGAUAAAGCGGCUAGAGAUAAUGAGAUGCUUCCUGAACCACUCUUUCACAAUUUGAGUUUUAAUUUUAUGCCCGUGCCAUCAGGGAAGAAAAAUUUCAUUGCUGUGACAGCCUGUUCAUUCAGUACGUUCAGAUCAUUGUCUGACUUCAUUUUAUUGGCACACAAUGUUCCUGACCCUCAACCUGACCGAUUGAAGCAACCCCAGAUCAUAACACUGCCUCCAGAGGCUUGUACAGUGACCGCUAUGCAUGAUGGGAUGCAUUGCUUCAUGCACGUCCCUCCUUAUCCUCACUCACACCACUCUGGAAAAGGGUAAAUGACCUUUUUCUGUUGCUUCAGAGUCCAGUCUUUAUGCUCCCUAGCAAACUGAAGCCUUUUCUUCUGAUGAGAGAGCCAGUCAAGAUUUUUAUCUGACCACAUAUCUUCCAUGAGGUGGAUGGUUCACUACUAUUCUUUGAUGUUUUAAUAAUGCAUUGGACAGUUUUUAAUCCAAUUCCAACUAUGGGAUACAUCUUCUGACAUGGUUGUUUAAGAAAUGAGAAGCUGCUCACUGCAUCAGUUAGGGUUAAAGGAGAACUGAAGUCAUUUUUAAACUUGCUUUAUUUCUUAAUGUGUUAUUCAAUUACGUUUUCAGUUUUAGUAACCUUAUAUCGUGACUCGUAUUGGCAACUGAUUGAUUGCAAUUAAAUAUUAUACUUAUCAGCCUAUUCGGUUUUUAGCCAUGUUGAAUUUACAACCCCGAUUCCAAAAAAGUUGGGACAAAGUACAAAUUGUAAAUAAAAUGUUAUGCAAUAAUUUACAAAUCUCAAAAACUGACAUCAUAUUUACAAUAGAACAUAGACAACAUAUCAAAUGUCGAAAGUGAGACAUUUUGAAAUUUCAUGCCAAAUGUUGGCUCAUUUGAAAUUUCAUGACAGCAACACAUCUCAAAAAAGUUGGGACAAGGGCAAUAAGAGGCUGGAAAACUUAAAGGUACAAAAAAAGGAACAGCUGGAGGACCAAAUUGCAACUCAUUAGAUCAAUUGGCAAUAGGUCAUUAACAUGACUGGGUAUAAAAAGAGCAUCUUGGAGUGGCAGUGGCUCUCAGAAGUAAAGAUGGGAAGAGGAUCACCAAUCCCCCUAAUUCUGCACCGACAAAUAGUGGAGCAAUAUCAGAAAGGAGUUCGACAGUGUAAAAUUGCAAAGAGUUUGAACAUAUCAUCAUCGACAGUGUAUAAUAUCAAAAGAUUCAGAGAAUCUGGAAGAAUCUCUGUGCGUAAGGGUCAAGGCCGGAAAACCACACUGGGCGCCCAUGAUCUUCGGGCCCUUAGACGGCACUGCAUCACAUACAGGCAUGCUUCUGUAUUGGAAAUCACAAAAUGGGCUCAGGAAUAUUUCCAGAGAACAUUAUCUGUGAACACACUUCACCGUGCCAUCCGCCGUUGCCAGCUAAAACUCUAUAGUUCAAAGAAGAAGCCGUAUCUAAACAUGAUCCAGAAGCGCAGACGUGUUCUCUGGGCCAAGGCUCAUUUAAAAUGGACUGUGGCAAAGUGGAAAACUGUUCUGUGGUCAGACGAAUCAAAAUUUGAAGUUCUUUAUGGAAAUCAUGGACGCCGUGUCAUUCGGACUAAAGAGGAGAAGGACGACCCAAGUUGUUAUCAGCGCUCAGUUCAGAAGCCUGCAUCUCUGAUGGUAUGGGGUUGCAUUAGUGCAUGUGGCAUGGGCAGCUUACACAUCUGGAAAGACGCCAUCAAUGCUGAAAGGUAUAUCCAGGUUCUAGAGCAACAUAUGCUCCCAUCCAGACGACGUCUCUUUCAGGGAAGACCUUGCAUUUUCCAACAUGACAAUGCCAAACCACAUACUGCAUCAAUUACAGCAUCAUGGCUGCGUAGAAGAAGGGUCCGGGUACUGAACUGGCCAGCCUGCAGUCCAGAUCUUUCACCCAUAGAAAACAUUUGGCGCAUCAUAAAACAGAAGAUAUGACAAAAAAGACCUAAGACAGUUGAGCAACUAGAAUCCUACAUUAGACAAGAAUGGGUUAACAUUCCUAUCCCUAAACUUGAGCAACUUGUCUCCUCAGUCCCCAGACGUUUACAGACUGUUGUAAAGAGAAAAGGGGAUGUCUCAAAGUGGUAAACAUGGCCUUGUCCCAACUUUUUUGAGAUGUGUUGUUGUCAUGAAAUUUAAAAUCACCUAAUUUUUCUCUUUAAAUGAUACAUUUUCUCAGUUCAAACACUUGAUAUGUCAUCUAUGUUCUAUUCUGAAUAAAAUAUGGAAUUUUGAAACUUCCACAUCAUUGCAUUCUGUUUUUAUUUACAAUUUGUACUUUUUCCCAACUUUUUUGGAAUCGGGGUUGUAGUUUGUUUGGUCCAUGGCAGGUGUCGCUUAUCCGUGCGAUCUUCAGACUUGUGCGAGAUUUUGAAACGUGAAGUGUCAGCCAGGUGUCAGUGCCGCCAUUUUGAAAACUGUUUUCCAAAUUAAAUAUUGCACAAAAACAAGUUUAAAUGACGACGAUUACUGCCUACUUUUUUCAAACUUUCCUGAUUGCUAUCAAAACAAACACAACUUCCAGCUUGAUGAUAUCAGCAUUCAAAAGAGAGCGCGCAUGUCUUUUGACAACGUUGGCAGAUGCUGGUUACUUUGAUUUCCGCUGUAUGUUUUACUCCCAUCCUACGACGUCUCGCACAGGUCUCAACGAAUCUCGUUUACGGCCGUUGCUUUGACAUAUGGACUUUUAUUUAUUUUUAUAUAUAUAUAUAUAUAUAUAUAUAUAUAUAUAUAUAUAUAUAUAUAUAUAUAUAUAUAUAUAUAUUACAUAGCAUGUUUCAAACACUCAUAACUUGCUAUAGCAGUGACAAAAUAGCUAUCAAACAUGCAUUCCUAUAUUUAAUAAAAUGAGAGAGAAUUUUGAUGAUAAAAUUUGCCUUCAGUUCUCCUUUAAAAGCAUUGUUGCCAGCUGAAACAUUAAGCACUGCAGUAAUUAUCCAAUCAAAGGCUCUUAAGUAUUUGCUGAUUUAAAUCCAAGGUGCAACCAUUUUUGGCCAGGCAGUGUAUGUCAUUCAUUCAUAUAUAAAAUUACAUAUUUCACAUGCAAGAUGCUGUUGAGGAAGGGCUCUGUCAGGGAAAGAGAGAAUGAAGUAUUGACGCAGUGACACUUCAAAUACAGGUAGUAAUAUUCAGUUUCAGUGCUGUUUGAAACCUGAAAAUGCAGUUGUCCACAUUUGUAUUAUUUUAUAUUCUGGCUCAUUUGCUGUGACUUUUUUAAUAAUAUAAAUUAGAAGCUUAAUAUGGUAAAAUGUUUAAGUGAAGAUCUAGUAAAGGGUGAAUAUUAAUUCAACAUUUGUGUUUGGUUCAAGUGGAAUAGCAACAAUGAAUGUAAAAAAGGAAACACCUAUAAACACCUGUCACUGUUGAUAAGGCUGCAUGUUGUUCUCAGCAACGUUUACAGUUGGAGACCAUAUCGAUAUGUUUUCAGUGAAAAAGACCUUAAGCUUUCACGACAUGACUUAUCGUGCCAUUUAUUGGCAAGGGAGCUAGUCUGAUUUUGUUGUAAAUAGAAUGCAGUGUUUAAUCUUGCAGAAUGCAGCUUUAACUUUCCAUCACCUUUUCAACAGCCUUGAGUUAUGCACAUACUUUAUCACUUAUUUUAGCAUAACAAUAGUCAGAAACUAUCAGUGUUUUGCUUCAUUUUUCUCUCCUUCUUUGUCAGUUAAAUGUUUUAAAUCUGUUCCUGUACAUUUUCUCUCUCCGGAUCAUGUCCCCCCCCGGGCUCAAGUCAGUAUAUUUGUGUACUAUUGCCAGGCAGGAGGAGAUACUUAAACUAGUGAGUUUAAUUUUCUGCAUUUUAAGUUGGUCCUGUCCUGCACAUUCCGACUGCUUAUAUGUAUUUUUGUCUGUCUCCUCACUCAUAUCUCCGUCUGUCUGUCUGUCUGUCUGUCUGUCUCUGUCUGUCUGUCUGUCAGGCCUUACCCAGGAAAUUAAGCUAAACACCCAAUAAAUGUGCAGUUUCACUUUUGCGUUUUUUUUAAACAUUUUUAGAUAUUACACAGCAAAUGGAAUGUAAUGAAAUGUAACAGAGCAGACAGCUUUCAAUGAUAAAAAAAACAAAAAAACAAAUGUGUAAUCAUUUUAAUGAGUUUUACUGAGCACAAUCUUUGUGUCUUUUGCUUUUGAUCUUUAUUUUUAAUCUACUUUAUGAUGAUCCAGCUGGCCUUUUUUCAAAACAAAAACUGCAAUGUGAUGUUUUCACUGGUCUGUUUGGGUUGAUUUCUGCAUGUCCUCUGUGUGGUCUCACUUUAUCGGAAGCAUUUUUGUGACAUGUCUGAAGUUCACUGUCGUGAGCAGAGCGUGAGAGACGUGAUUGUGUGGAUGGAUAUGUAGUUUGUGUGAAAGCUCUAUGAGGAAAAUAUGAUUUAUAUGGAUGUAAUGUGAUUAAAUCUAGAUUUCAGAAGGA